AUGGUUUGGGAUAAGUUUUCCCAUUCCUUUGGAAAGGUGCUAGAUUUUAGCAAUGCUGAUGUUGCUGUUGAUCAGUAUCACAGAUACGAGGAAGAUGUGCAGCUCUUGGCUGAUAUUGGAAUGGAUGCUUAUAGGUUUUCAUUUAUUUGGUCCCGUAUUUUUUCAAAUGGAAUUGGGCAAGUUAAUCAAGCAGUGAUUGACCAUUACAACAAAUUGAUAGAUGCACUGCUAGCUAAAGGAAUCAAACCAUAUGUUACACUUUUCCACUCGGACCUUCCUCAAGCCUUGGAAGACAGAUGCAGCGGAUGGCUUAGUACCCAAACAAUAAAUGAUUUUGCAGCUUAUGCCGAUACAUGCUUCAAUGCAUUCGGAGACAGGGUUAAAGACUGGAUAACCUUCAAUGAACGUCACACUUUGGCAAUCCAAGGCUAUGAUGUUGGACUCCAAGCCCUUGGACACUGCUCCAUUCUCCUUCACCUCCUCUGUAGAGGAGGGAAUUCAAGGACUGAACCUUAUAUUGUUGCCCACAAUAUCCUCCUAACACAUGCUACUGAUGUCAACAUAUAUAAGAGAAAAUAUAAGGCAGUACAGAAGGGUUCAAUUGGGAUGUCAUUCGACGUUAUGUGGUACGAACCCACUUCAAAGGCUUCAAUGGAAAGGAAAGUCGCUCAUUUCGGAAAUAAUGAGAACGAAAUCUUCGAUCCAGGAAUCUGUCUUCUGCAACUUCUUUGUCAAUAAUGCGUCUCGACGGAGUCGAGCUCUUUUUGCGCAAGGGGAGAAUGAUGUAGGAACAUCUUUAGUUAUAUUGUCCUUAGGAUUACUUUAUCUUAGUUUGUUACCACUAGUUUCUAGAAUACUCCUUUUACCCUAUAAAUAUACAAGCUAUUGUAAGAGAGGGAUCAUUGAAUGAUAUAUACACCUUUUGAAGCUUGAAAAGCUUUCUUCUUCUU